UGAGUACACCAGAGUCCAUGGUAACCACCGGAGAAAACAGAUGAUGUCAGAGAUAAUCUGUACCAAGAAAUCAUUUUUGCAAAAAAUGUGUGAAGAGUUUGAAGCCGAACAGCUCGGUCCUCCCGGCUCUGCGUGGACGGAGGUCAGCGCAGCGAGCUCCCAGUUCUCCCUGUGCAGCGUAAGCGCACACUCCCCAGUCUGCUCUGGACCCACCGCAGCCGAGGUACUUAUGGAUGAUGAUCCUCUGAGGGACUUUGACCCCAAUCUUUGCCAUUCUGCUCUCACUGGAAACGCUGCUCGUUCCUCACUGCAGAAUCGGCCCCCAACUGCUGAGACUACACUCUCUCCACAAGGCCCUGAAAAUCCUGUCACACGUUACUUGGAGAAGAGAGUGUUUCCAGUGUUGGUGCCUGGACUGGAGGCUUUGCUGAGAGAAGCCCAGAAACACGGCUGCUUUAAGAGGAAAAUAACAGCAUUUAACCCGUGCGACUUUCUGACUGAGUGGCUCUACAACCACAACCCUCGCAGGAGUGGACAUGAACCGGUGAACUUUGAUGACAUCCCCUUUGCCAGGGACUGGCUCAGGAUGCACCCCAGGCCUCCCACCCCUCUGUUUUUACGGCUCAGUGAGCACGAGGCUGCUCUGCUCAUCCAGGCUUUUUGGAGGGGAUACAAGAUCAGGGCACGGCCAGAUGUUCAGGAGCUGCGCCAGUGGCAGAAAAAACUGAGAGCGAGCCGUGACAUUGCCAAAACUGUCAAGCAGUUCUGGGCGAAACAAGAGAGACGAGUGGGUUCAACUAUGACAGAUCUUCCAGAAAGCCCCCAGCCUGGCAACUCUGAUGUGUCCAUCCAGGUGGUUUCACCCACCCCCCAGAGCACUGCAGUCCACACCCCCACCACCCGGAUGAGCCCAGAGGCCGGUGAGUGGCUGACACCCAGCCUGUGUGUCAACGAAGGACCAGCCUCUACACCACUGACUAAUUUCCUGACUGUGUCCCAUAAACUGAAUGCAGGGUCUCCAUCUUUACUAGGAACUCAUAACCUGAGCUACACCGGUGGUACUGGCUGACUGAAAUUAUUAGCUUUGUGUACAAGGGUUUUUUUCUGCAGUUUAAAGACUAUUAAAUUGUGUUAGGUUGAUGUCAAACUGACCAAAGUGAUCAGUCAAACAAGCCCUUAAAAAAAAAAAAGAAAAAAAGAAACGCCUGUAACCAAUUGGAUAUGGCCAGGCCAGGAUUUAUGGUCUGAGAUCCGUGUCUAAUUAGUUUAUUGCUUUCAUUGCCUUUUUGAUGGAUCACUUCCCUUCACGAGUCUCACACAGCCAAUGAACACCAUAUAGCACGGUUCACAUAUUAUACUGUCAGGAGUGAAACGUCUUGUAACAGACUUAAUAUUUUCUCUCCCCGCACCUCUGGCUGACAGCUCACUGGAAGAUAACCAUAUUUCCUUUAUCUACCUUUUCCUCUUUCCUUAGCAAUACACAUCACGCCACAAAAGAGGUCAUAGCAUUUCCAUUCAAGCCAGAAAUUGAGACCGGAGUCAAAGGUGGUUUGGCACACAGAGCGGUGCUUUCUAUCCUGUUUAAGGAAAUUACACUGUCAGGGAAACAGAGAAUAAAAGAGUAUUGGAAAAACAUCACUUAGAUCACUGGUGGUUGAUUGGCAAUUAUCUGACAGAAAAAGAAGAAUUUUUAAUAUUCUCCUUCGAUUUUAUUCAUUUAAAGGAUUUAAGUAAGGCUGGUAUCCUUGACAUAUACGGAUUAAAAUAUAAGGUAAAUAUGUCCUGCAUUGUGUGGAUGUGAAUUUCACUUUACCGUAUGUGGUUCUGGUCUUUUGCAUGAUGCACCAAACAGUUGCAUCAUCCCUGCUGAGUCUGGCACCUUCAGCUGUCUGUUUUUCCUGGCUGUUGGCAUUCAAACAUUAUCUUGAAUGUCAUGAAUCAGCCACUGAAAUGAUGAAAUUCGAUUUGCAAAAAUAAAAAAAACUACAGGCCGCUCAACUGACUUUGCAGUUCUCCUUCAUGAAAGACUGUCCAGGUAACAGCCAUCUUCUCUCGACUGUGCGUCAAUUAAUCUGAGAGAUUAAAGUGCACUCCUGGCAUUUUCCCGUCUAUCUGCAAACCCAGUGUACCUGAGAGGGUUACUCAUGGUUUCCCUUCUGUUUCAUGAUGGACUGCGUUCUUGACCAACUGAAGCACACCACCUCACAGUGAGGCAUGGAGGAGGGUCGUGUAUCUCCCUUUGCAGGUAUGUGGAUGCCUGGAAGACAGCUGCCACUGGGUGAGGCGAUAAAACAGCCUAUUUAAUUCUGGGGACAUCUGAUAGAGGAGCCAGCUCC